GCCAAUCAGCGCCCUUGGUAUUUUACAAACCGGCGGGGAGCUGCAGCCUGGCCCCGAGCCGCUGGGCUGAGCGGGGCGGACGCAACCGAAUCAACCGGGAGCAGGUGCAAAUGCCAGGAAAGGUGCUGUGGUGACUUUGCUUGGUGCAGCUGUCAAAAAUGGCCCAGGUCGGGAAGAGUCCGGAAUGGGCUUCCUUUGCCCACCCACCUCAGGGCAAAUGGAAAGGGAGCUGCUCCCUGGACAGGAGUGAACCGCAGCUGGGAAAGGAGAACGAGCCGUCUGCCUGGGACGGGUCAGACACGCGGAGCCGCAGCAAGAUCCCUGUCCUGUCCAAAAGCCGCCUGCCCCCGGACUUCCAGCAGCUGCACCAGGCCUGGGAGAGCCAGUUCCAGAAGGGGAAGGCUGCCGGUAAGAAGCCCUGUCCGCAGACCUGUCCCUUUAACCUGGCCUGCAAAGGGGACAAGUUCCAUAUUGAUAUGGCUGCAGCCGCGGAGCUGCCGGCGGGAUCCCCGGAGCUGCUGAGCAGAAGCCAGCCCGGAGGCCCCCUGGAGGAGAUACACCUGGGGGCAGCAGCCCAGAAGACCCCGUCAGGCACCAGCCUCCCCAAUGGCAAAGAAGUUGGCCCAGUGGAGUUCGUGGCUGACCCGGCGGCUUUGGCCAGCAUCCUCUCCAAUGUGGGGCUGGCAAACAGCACGCUGGGUGUGGCCAGGAAACCCAGCCUGGCCCGGCGGGUCCCUCUGAGGGGGAGCAGGGGCAACUCGGUCCACGCCAGCGGGUCUGCACGGACUGUGCGUGGUUCCCUGUACGUGGCCUCGGGGACCCCUGCCUUGUGCCCGGAUCCAGCCCGCACCUCCUGCUUCUCCCGGCUGGCAGCUAAAGAUGCAGCUCGUCGAGCCACACAGGAUCCUGCUCAGCACCGUGGCCUGCUCCUUAAAUCUCAGCAGAUCCAGGCCCUGUCAGCGACACUGCGGGACUUGGGGUCCCGUGCCCAGCCCGCGGGGCACCCCGCUCUGCAGAGACUGGGCGCAGGGGCGAAGGAGGCGUGUCGGGGGCGCCCGCAUCCCAUUGCCACGGCGAUGCAGAGUGAACCAGCCAAGAGCCAGGAAGCCGGUGGAACCAGGGACCAGUCCAGCAAUGGCAGGCCGGGGUCCUUGAGCGAUGGCAAAGGGGGCAAGGCUGGCACUGGGGGGCAGAGUGCAGCCCACAGCAGCAGCUCACCCUCAAGGACGGAUCCCAUGGGAGCAUCAGAGACAGAGGAGUUCGUGCCAGACCUGGAUGCCCUGGCCAGCGUCCUCUCCAACGUGGGACUGAGCCACGCUGCCCUGGGGCCCACGGGGAAGCUCAGUCUGGCUCGGAGGGUGCCAGUGAAGGGGCUGCGGGGCGUCCCGCCCUCCACUCAGGGGAGCCCCACGGGCAGCAGAACCUCGCUGCUGAGACCUCAGAUCAGCGUCCCCCCAAAGGGCGACUUCGGCCAUGCCUCCUGCUACUCCACACUGGGACUUAAAGGUGCUGAGGCCCUGGAUGGCCUCCAAGCAGCCCAGCUGGCUGGCACGCCCAGGACCCGGGAGAUCAGCCGCUCUUCGCCCUUUGGCUCCGCCAGGAGGGUGCCCGUCACGCAGCCCCAGUCCCUGCGCCGUACCUGCUUCUCCACCCGCCGCCUGGCCGUCUUCCCCCGCACGCCCCGCACCGAGGGGGCCCUGGACAAGCGCCCGGCACAGGGAGUGCUGCAGACCCCAGCCAGGUGGGCCGGCGGCCUCUCCCCGGAGCCCAGAAGCCCUGACCCCGAUGAGUCAGUCCUGCCCUUGGAGAAGAUCGUGGUGCGGCUCUUCGGGGACGGGGAGAGCCAGGUGGCCACAGAAGCAUCAGUGAGGAAAGCGCUCGCCUGGCCUGGCGAGUCUCUCUCCUCCCGGCAGUGCAUCGAGUUCCUGGCCCGGCUCCUGCGGAAGGAGGUGGAGGGGGCGGGGGGCUCCUGCAGCCUGGAUGAGCUCCAGAGCCUGCCGGCUGCCUGCGCCCCGUCGCCCAGGCCCCCCCGCACGCCCCCUCCCCUGCCAGCAGCCGGCAGCAGGCUGAAGCAACUCCCCUCCACCUCUUCGUGCCAGGACCCUGGGCAGGGCCCCGCCAGCAGGACAAUGCCCCCGGCCAGCUCUGCGGCCUUCCCUGCGGCGGGCACCACGCUCACCUUCUCCUCCCAGCGGCCCGUCUGCUCCCACCCUCUCAUCCACUCCCUGAGGUCCCCCACCGCCAGCGGGGGUGCUGCAGGGGCCAGGGCUGCCCCUGCAACAUCCCCCUCCCGCGUGGCCCUGGUGAAGCAGCGGUUCAGAGACCUGCUCAGCGCCCCCCAGCGCUUCCAAGAGGCCUGCCUGGACGACGAGUGUGCCUUCUACAUGGGCCGGCCCCCUGGCAGCCAGGCCCCGGCCCCCCGCUGCUGCACGGACCCUGUGGCCACGCUGCUGGAGGCCCGGGAAACCACACACUUUAUCCCCAUCGUGCAGCCGGCACCUGGUGGCCCCCCAGGGGAAGCCAGGAGUUCCCUACAGGAAGCCCUGCCGCUCCAGCCCUUGAGAUGACGGAGGGGAACCAGACCCGCUUGAGCUGGUGCCCGCCCAGGUCCUGCCACAGAUCUGCUCCCCACUGGCAGUCAUGGCAGGGGCUCCCCCCCCCCAGCACAGGUGGGGUCUGGCAUGCCCCCCACCUGUGUCCCAUGCCAAUGGAUGGGCCGGGCGGGCACCUCCUGUUCUUCGUUCCAGGGGCACAUCGGUGGCACCGGGCGGGCCCCACGUCACCCUGGCCAGUCCAGGACUCCUGACCUGAGGGUGGCUUCUCUAGCCAGACCCCCCCCCCCCCGAACCCCUUGCUGGAGAUGCCACCUUGAGCGCUGGGGGGCGAGCAAGGCAGCCUCUGGCGCCCCCUACUGGCGUCUGCCCAGCUGCUGCUCAGGCCUGUCACAUCACCUGCACGCCGGAGCUCCCAGACCCGCCAGCUGCCGCUAGCCUGGAUCGCAGCCUCUGCGCCUUCCUGUGUGAUCUGCAGGCACGUCAGUGACCCCUGCACAGUCUCUAGGACCUCCCUGGGCCUAGCCCUGCCUCGGCCCCUCUAUUUAUUACGAGCCCAAAGCCCGGGGGGCUGGGAAGCAGCAAACUCGUUUUGAAUGACGAGCUGUCUGUUACUAUGGCACCCUAAUAAAGUAUUGUUUACACUUG